AGGGAGAUGGGUGGGGUGUGCCCUUGCGGACGCCGGGAUGGUCUGUGCUGUAGGCUCCGCGCGGUCCCGAGCCGCCAGGGCGCGUUGGGGUCGGUUGGAGUCCGGGCAUGGCCCGGAGCCGACUGGCUUUACUGCUCCCACAUCUAGUGCUUCUGGGACUGGUGUCCUCUACUCAGAUCGACCCGGACUACCAGUAUUUUGGCCAGCAGGGCACAGGUGAUACCUGGGAGUUGCUGAGGUUGCAGCGAAAAAAGGUAGUGGAAGAGUCCGUCCUAGGCCCGUGGGGAGAGUGGCGUUGUUUCUGCGAUCUGGGCAAACAGGAGCGCCACCGUCAGGUGCAGGGCACAGCGCCAGUCCCUGUGUUCAUGGACCGGGAGAACCUGGUACAGUUGAGGCCCUGCCGGCAACGGGAUUGUUCGUCUUGCAGACCGAUGGACUGCGACUGGAGGAUCUGAGCAGAGUCACUGAGGGCCUGGUUCCAGCAGCAACGGGGCGGAGCUUGCAAAGUGACCCCGCCCAUCCCCGACUACAAACCGCGCCCUUAGUGGUAGCUCUCGCGGACUACAAUUCCCAGAAGAGAGCACAGGAGCGGCGACAGCGUCGCGCGCGUCGACGACCACGCCGACGGGUGCGUCGGAGGCGGGUCCUACACGUCGAUUGGUCAGCAUCGAGAGCGGCAACCGGACUUGCGGAAAACGAGCGCUGGGACCUUCGCCUGCAAAAUUGUUUUCUGCUGCUUUUGGCUGUCGCUGAGGCAGCAUGGAUCUCAGCGAACUGGAAAGGGACAAUACGGGCCGCUGUCGCCUGAGCUCUCCUGUACCCGCCGUGUGCCUCAAGGAGCCGUGCGUCUUGGGCGUGGAUGAAGCAGGCCGGGGCCCGGUGCUUGGCCCCAUGGUCUACGCCAUCUGUUACUGCCCGCUGUCCCGCCUGACAGAUCUUGAAGGCAUGAAAGUGGCAGAUUCAAAGACCUUGACAGAGAACGAGCGGGAGAGGCUCUUUGCGAAAAUGGAGGAGGAUGGAGACUUUGUGGGAUGGGCUUUGGAUAUUCUGUCUCCAAACCUGAUCUCUACCAGCAUGCUUGGGCGGGUCAAGUACAACCUCAACUCCCUGUCCCAUGAUACAGCUGCCGGGCUGAUACAGUAUGCGCUGGAUCAGGGUGUGAAUGUCAGCCAGGUAUUUGUGGACACCGUAGGAAUGCCAGAGACAUACCAGGCUCGACUACAGCAACGCUUUCCAGGGAUGGAGGUGACAGUCAAGGCCAAGGCAGAUUCCCUGUUCCCUGUGGUCAGUGCUGCCAGCAUCUUUGCCAAGGUGGCUCGAGACCAGGCUGUGAAGAACUGGCAAUUUGUGGAGAGUUUCCAGGAUCUGGACUCUGACUAUGGCUCAGGCUAUCCCAAUGAUCCCAAGACGAAAGCCUGGCUGAGGAAACACGUGGACCCCGUGUUUGGCUUCCCCCAGUUUGUCCGGUUCAGCUGGAGCACAGCCCAGGCCAUCCUGGAAAAGGAGGCAGAAAGUGUCACGUGGGAGGACUCGGCCGCUGAGGAAGAUCCUGAGCAACCAGGAAAGAUCACAUCCUACUUCAGCCACGGACCUCAGACCUGCCGCCCGCAGCUCCCCCACAGAUACUUCCAGGAGCGAGGCCUGGAGGCAGCCAGCAGCCUCUAGGAGUAAAUGUGUGCACCUACCCCUAGGAAUGAAGUUCUUCACAGAGUAAACGC